AUGGAUCACGUUAAUCAAGGAGAGUGCAUCAUAUUUGCUCAUCAGUUUUUUGAUAACAAAGAACUGAAGGAACGUAAAUGUGUUGAAGAUGAGAUAAAAACGAUAACAACAACUAUGGUGUCAAAAGGGUUUAACGUAACUACAUGUAGAAAUUACACUGUUGAAGAAAUAAAGAGUACCGUAAAAAAAUUAAAACGAAAGAAUUACUCUAACGAUGAUUGCAUUUGCUUCUUUAUAUUAUCACAUGGUAGCGAAAGAGGAUUUAUUUAUGCAAAGGAUGAAAAUUACAACAUAAGCUAUUUUGAGAAACAUUUCUCUAAAGUUCAAACAUUAUUGAAUAAACCGAAACUUAUAUUUAUCCAGGCUUGUAGAGGAGAGUUGGUUGACAAGGGUGUAAAUGUUCGAGCACAAGAUAAGGUUGAUCGCGUUGUGUCUCAAGAUAAAAUCCCUCAAACGGCAGAUUUUUUUAUAGCUAACAGUACAGCUCCAGGUUAUGUAUCAUUCCAACAAUGGUUUAUUCCAACAUUAAGUAAAACUCUAGAUUUAUACGGUGAAACUGAAGACUUAAAUUCAAUCCUGGAUAUAGUGAAAAACACACUGUCAAGAUAUAAAAGCGAAAGUCCAGGUGAUAGAGACUACGAUGCAGGAAGACAAAUACCAUCCAUACGAUCAACCCUGCGUGGAAAAGUUUAUUUAAAAAAAAAACGCGCCGUACUGUUCGCCAACCCGAUGCGAAAAGCCGAGUACGUGACGAUGCUGGACCCGUUCCAGCAGCACUACGGGGCUAGGCUGGGCGGCGGCCUCAUGUUCCUGCCUGCCUUCUGCGGUGACCUGUUCUGGUGCGCGGCCCUGUUGCGCGCCCUCGGCGCCGCCCUCAACAUCGUCGCCAGCAUCGACCUCGGCCUCGGUGUCGGCGCCACCGCCCUUCUCAUCGCGCUCUACACCAUGUCGGGGGGCAUGUACUCGGUGCUCUGGACAGGCGGCUUGCAAUUCGUCUGCAUAGCAAUGGGACUGGGCUUGUUCCCCGCGUACGCGAACUCGCAUCGGGCCGUGUCGCUGGAGAAAAGCCUGGCUGUCAGGGAUUGGCUGGGCGACUUUAGCAGCGCCGAUCUCGGCGAGUGGCUCGACGCCAUGCUACUCGCCAUUUUCGGAGGAAUACCCUGGCAGAGCUACUUCCAGCGAGUGCUGAUAAUCUGGCGUCCGUCGUUCGCCAGCACCCUGUCGAUAUUUUCGAUGUUCACUUGUUUGGUGCUGGCGGUGCCCUCGGCGAUGAUCGGCAUAAUUGCCCGCUCGACAGACUGGUCGCUCAUCGAGUCUUACAACAAGACCGUCUGGCGGGACAAUGGUGGCGUUGUCACGUCGCUCGUGCUGAGGCACCUCACUCCUCCGUGGGUCUCGUUCUUGGUGCUUGGUGCUAUAUCGGCUGGAAUAAUGGCCUCGGCGGACUCGAGCAUUUUCGGUAUUAGUUCCAUGUUCUCGAGGAAUAUUUACAAGCUGACGAUAAGACCGAAGGCUACCGAAAGAGAAUUGGACUGGGUGCUUCGAAUUUCGAUCGUGAUAGUUGCUUUUCUUUCCGCAGCGAUUGCUCUUAGCGUUAGCAGCGUUUUCUAUUUAGCAUACUUUUGCAGCGACAUCGUUUACGUGGUGCUGUUUCCGCAGCUGCUAUCGGUUGUACAAUGGCCUGCGGCGGUCGAUUCGUACGGAUGCUUAGCUGGAUACGCGGUGGCCGUAGCCAUAAGAAUCUCUGGUGGCGAAAAGAGUCUCGGCAUCCCGACGUUUGUCGAGUACCCGUACUACGACAGCAGGACGCACACGCAAAAGUUCCCGUUUCGCAGCUUGGCAAUGCUAUCGGCGAUCUUUGCUCAGCUGAUAGUCAGCCUCUUCACGCGCAAUCUGCUCGGACGGGGUUAUUUGCCGCGCUGCUGUGAUCCCCUGAACGUCUACGCGCCCGGCAACACCAAGAAUCCCAACGGGGUCGUCCAGAGCAGCUCCGGUGCCGCGCUCAUCGAUUGCGCCAUGAACGAUGCCUCGCCUGGACACCUGUCAGAUGCUCCUACAACGUUAUCGAGCAGCCGUACGGAUUACGACGCGAGUAGCACCGAUACUCAGCUCCAGCAGCCGCUGUCUCACCACCAGCAGCAGCAAUUACAUCAGCAUCAGCAACAGCGUUACGACACCAUAAGUGUUCUGUAUGAGCCAAAGCAGACGCCCGGUAAUGCUGCCCACAAGGCCAACCAAAGCUUGCAGGGCUUGCACGCACUGCGGGAUUCAGUGAGCCCAAAGCAGCAAACAGCGACGGUUAUGAGGGCUGGACAAACGCUGCACCACCCGUCGGCCAUGAUGAGUCAAGCCGCUUCCGGACAGAUUCUCGGAGUCAAAAAUCUCAACUUGACGCCUGGACACGGACCCGACUGCCACGGACCUCAUCCACCAAGGAUCAUUAGCCCUACUGCGCCCUCGGCUAUGGGUUGUACACCAUAUGCUAAAGUACCCACUACGAUAAUAACAAAUGGCAGGCUCGAGGGUGAAAAAGUGGGUGGUGAUCGCAGUAACAUGGAACUAAAUUUGAAUUUGACUGAUGGUGGUGGGAUUGUCAAGAAAAACAUCAAGGGUGUUAAAUUGAUUGGAAUGGAAGGAGGCACACUAAGGCGACCUUCUUUGCAGGGAACUUUUUCACCAACGCCAUCGGUCGAGAUGGUCAACAUAUUCGAUCGGCGCCAGAGCAGCGGCUCGUACGGGCCAAGUUCCCUGUCGCCGAUACCCGGAGUCGAGGCCUGCAAAACCCACGGCACCGCCGUCGGCGGUCAGAGUGGCAACGAGCACUGUAGAAUCAAACGCGGCAUCGUCAGGCACCACAGCUUCAACGACACGGGCGACCGAGGGUUAACCGCGACCUUGGCGCGCCAGCCGGCGUACCCGUCGAUGCCCCUGACGAGUUUGCGCAAGGACGGCCAGGGCAAUAAGAAAAGCUGCGGCAGCCAGACCCAGCACCGCUACUCGUCAUCCCUCAUCGACGACACGAGCGCCAGACCCGAGGAACAGACCUGCCUGGCUCGCACGACCACCCUGCGCAGGGAGAGGUGCAAGUCCCACCGGUACUCCUCGUACGUCGAGGACAAGCAGACCGGUCUCAUGGGCCAUUUGCUCGUCAGCCCGACCUACAGUAUGUACAAUUCGGCCGUCAAGAACUGCAGUAAUUACAUUGUCGUUGCCGACGACGAAGCUGUCAGCAGGUUUUAAAUAUCGUCCUUUUUAUG